UAAGGCCUAACGUCAAAGUCAAACUCGUACUUAGGGAAUCUCGGUUCCGAAAUUAAAAUUUCGCAUUUGCGUUCUUGCCUUUCGGAAUUACGACUAAAAACACUCCUUAUUUGAUAUAGGAAAACUAGUCAAAUUAUCAGAAAUCUGAUUCAUAAUAUCAUUUUAAAGUGCACAGUAAUCCAGUGAGGCUGCUGUUUUGUGAAAGUAGAUAUAUAAGGUGCUAUGAGUCGCUGGGAUCAGAAAACGGAAGGACUUCCCCGUUCACGUCGGGAUGGAAUGGAUAGCGUGGAUCGUGAUCGCAACAGGAGUAGAUCUCGAAGUCGUUCAAAUUCACCAGUCGCACGAAGACUGCUAGAACUAGAUGCAGAGCGACGAUUGAAAGAAAAGCAAUUACGAAUGGCAUCAAAAACACAGCGGAAUGAAUUUAGCUCCAGUGGAGAUUCCAGCGAUGGGUCCUCUUCGGAAGAAGCUCAACCAGCACCAGCUACAGUUUCAAAACUGGGGUUUGGUUUCAAGAAACCUUCCAUUGAAACCACAAAAUCUGUGCCCGGGUUCAAAAUGCAAAAAUCAAAACCGACAGCAAUUCAAAUGUCACUUAAAGCGGCUCCCCCAAAAGAACCUGCUAAGUUAUUAAAACCGAUAGCGAAUGCAUUUGCUGCAGAUGAUAGUGAUGAAGAGCCAGAGGAAAUGCCUGCCGAAUGCAGGAUGCGAAUGAGAAACAUUGGACGUGAUACACCUACUUCUUCCGGUCCUAACUCGUUCGGGAAAACCAAGCACGGUUUUUGCGAUUCUAAAAAAAUGUUCGAAAAGAAACUGAAUACCAUGACUGAAUAAUGCAGAUAUUUUUCCCAUUUCCGUUCAACACAAAAUGAGAUUAUCUCCACUCGAAAGUGUGGAGCUCAAUCCACAAUAUUCAAUCGUAUUUACGACUUUCGAUUUUAGGUGUGUUCUACUUGUACUGGUCGACGGAAUUGUUACUUACUGUUUCGUUUAGUUUACCCCGGCAUUAUAAACGCUUUCAGUCUGUUCGAAUAAAAACUUAAUGAUAAACUUGACAUAGAAC